GAGUGCAGCUCUCAACCAGACAACCCAAGUCACUGUGAAGAAGCAGUGUCUGACUGAUGAGUCAAGAGAGUUCACUCUGGACGUGUCUGUUGAGAUGCCCUAUGAGAUCACCAACCUGCAGUGCAUCACUCACAAAGUCAGGUUUAAGAAAACAGACUGUAAGGCGGUGGUGAGCAUGCUGCCAGGACAGCUGUUGGGUGAAGAAGGCUUCCAGCUGUCUAUCACUCUGUCUGAUGUCCACCUGCCCAGGAUGUGGGUGGAGAAACACCCUGAUAAGGACAGUCAGGCCAGCAUGUUGGUUUUCUAUCCAGACUUUGAAGUUAAAACAAGUUACAAAACCGAUGAAGUUAUCCUGUUGCUGGACAUGUCUGAGUCCAUGAAGGGAGAGUCUUUCUCCAUGGCAAAGAAAAUCGCCAUACAGUUUGUCAAAGCCCUCGACUUCGAGCUCCGAGUUAAUGUCAUUUGCUUUGGCACAGAUUUCAAUGAAGCUUUCCUGACAGCGCAACCACUCUGUGAAGUUCAUCAGAACACCAAGAAAUUCAUCUUGUUCUGCCCUCCAUCAGGGGGCAGCACUGAGCUGUGGCGGCCCCUGCGAGCUCUCAGCCUGCUGCCUCCCUCCCGCGGCGUCCGGAACCUGCUGCUGCUGUCGGACGGCCACAUCCAGAACCCAGAGCUCACCCUGCAGCUGGUCAGAGACAACGCUCAGCACAGCCGAUUCUUCACCUGCGGCCUCAGCUCUACAGCCAAUCGUCACAUGCUCAGAGCCCUCGCCCAGGCUGGGGGCGGAGCCUAUGAAUUCUUCGACACUAAAACCAAACACAACUGGGCAGAGAAGGUGGCAUGUCAGGUGCAGCGCAUGGGGUCUCCUUGCUGCAGUUCAGUGUCAGUGAAGUGGCAGCAGUUCAACCCAACAGCGCCCCCUCCUGUGCAAGCCCCGAAGCAGCUCCAUGCUCUGUUUAAUGACUGUCACACCCUGGUUUAUGGCUUUGUGCCUCACUGCACUCAG